AUGAACUGUAAUUUUUUAAGGAAUGAGGAGAGGCAUUCGAACGCCCAAACGCAACCUCACCAUAAUCCUCAACAGCAGCAAUAUGUUCUCGCAGCACAAAACAACCAAUCAACUCCCACCAGUCAACAUUACCAGUCAUGUCCAGUGCAAUUCGUUAGUGUUGCAAACGAUAAUGGCGCAGAUUUAACGCAGACUGACCUCAGUAAGUCGUAUAUCCUUUUGCCGGGUUCACAACAGCCGAUACAGUUGAAUGGCGCAGCCAUACAGAUGGUGCAAAAUGGUCAAACAUCGGGUCAAGGAGGUGGAAUACAGGUGAUUAAUUUAAACGAUGCAGCCUUUAUUCCACUUCAGCAAACUACUUCUAAUAUGGAACUGUCGUCUGAACAGCGAAAUCCAUCUGCACAGUCAACGUUCCCGCAAUUUAUUUAUUCAAUUGAUUGUGAUUGUGAAUUGAAGCAUCCAACGUCAAGUAACGCACAGCCAUUUAUGCUUCAAGUGAGUAGUCAAACGCCUUCAUUAGCUCCACGUCCCGAUGAGGAACCAUUGUAUGUGAAUGCAAAGCAGUAUCAGAGGAUUAUGAAACGACGAGCGGCUCGAGCCAAAAUGGAAAGUGAAGGUCGUAUACCAAAGGAAAGAAGGAAGUAUUUGCACGAAUCAAGACAUAAACACGCAUUAACAAGGGUACGUGGUGAAGGUGGAAAAUUUGAUCGUGGUUCACGUAGUCAUAACAAUGUAAAUAAUAGUUCAACUGUUGCUAACAAUAAUGGUAAUGAUAGUAAUAACACUAAUACUGAUAAUAAUGCUAAUUUGAAAUGUUCUCCUCAACGAAUCAGUGAACAAAUUCGAACUGUUUUUCGACCGGCUUACAUGGAUCGGACUGUAGAAACAGCUCAGCAAGCAACCAAUGUGAAUAAUACUAAUGAUCAUCAUAAUUAUAAUAAUAAUAUUGGUGAUGAUAAUAGUGGAUUGUUAAAUGAAAAAGAUAAUCGUUUAGUAAAUAUUAACAGUAGUGAAAAUGUCGAUAAUACUGCCAGUAAUAAUAAUAAUGCGAUUAUUAUCGAUACUAGCAAGGAAAAAAAUCAGUUUGUAGCAACAACUGCUGCAUUGCUGUGA